AUGCUUCCUCUCAGAAGCUGUGUCCCAUGUCCUUUGAAGCAACGGCACGGCUCAAUCCUGCUAGGAUCUCUUCUGUUCCGAAGGUGUUACCCGGCUUCCCAGCCUCUCAUCUCCCAUGGCGUAACCACAACUCACCCUGAGGACGUGGCGGCUACGAAACCUUCUAUUGACGUACCUUUCUAUUUCGAGACUGGAUACGCAAUAUUUGCGAAGCGCCCUUCUCGACCGUUUCCACCACCCUUCCUCUCCAUACCCUCUGGAUCCUUCUCCGAUCCCCUUACAACCCACACUCGUAGCCGCGAUCGUCGGCCCUCGGUCGAGGGCCAGUACAUAAAAGGAGCCACCAAUGGGGAUGAUGCGGUCAUUGUCAACGGACAGCACUUCUUAGGGGUGAACGAUGGCGUGGGUGCUUGGGCAACGAAAGAAAGGGGACACGCUGCGUUAUGGAGUCGACUGAUUGCACACUUCUGGGCAAUUGAAGCUGAGCGAGCCAUGCUUGAUGCGGGCUCCGGUGCAGAGGCUUUGCGCCCGGUAGACUACCUACAAAGUGCCUUCGAACAGACCAAGAUCAUCACAACGAAAGCAAAUGAGAUCUGUGGAACCACUACCGCUUGCUCCGCUUUACUGCAUUACCGUUCCGAGACAGAGCCAAUCAUCUAUGCCACGAACCUUGGUGAUUGUGCGGUGCUAGUCAUUCGACCUAAAGAUCAAGAAAUCAUUUACAAGACGAAAGAGCAAUGGCAUUGGUUCGACUGUCCUCGCCAGCUCGGUACCAACAGUCCCGACACGCCCGAGAAAAAUGCGGUCGUAGACACAGUGGACAUUCAAGAGGGCGAUGUGGUACUUGCUGUGUCUGAUGGUGUCUCGGACAAUCUUUGGGAGAACGAGGUUUGCCAGAAUGUGUGCGACUCGGUCAGGAGCUGGAAAGAGGGUGUUCACGGAUCCGAAGAUGGCAUGGUGUUUGUGGCGAGAGAGCUGAUGAAUGCCGCCAGGGCGAUCGCGCAAGAUCCCUUUGCUGAGAGCCCCUUUAUGGAGAGAGCAGUGGAAGAAGGAUUGCCCAUGGAAGGAGGAAAAAUGGAUGAUAUCAGCGUCGUGGUGGGAAUGUGUAGGAAGAGGAAAGGAUGA